GAGCUUCUCGGUCUCACCACUUCACCUUCGCUCUAUCCAGUUACCGAGCGCACAGGCACACCCAACACUUCCAGUCGUCAGUUCCGGCCAUGGCUUUCGUCUCCACCUUCAUCUCCGGCGAACUGUCGCUCCUCACAGUCAGAGCCUCCGCCACCCCCUCCUCCGUCAAGCAUCCCUAUCAAUUCCCUCCGUCUAAUUUGCACUUCGCCCGCACUGUUACCUUCGCUUCUACCUCCAACCAGGCCACUGCCUCCCAACGCCAGCCCCGAGGUAUCAUGAAGCCCAAGCGGAUUUCUCCGGAGAUGCAGGCGCUUGUCGGUGUUCCCGAGAUUUCCCGUACCCAAGCCCUUAAGGUCAUUUGGGCUCACAUUAAAGAGCAUAAUCUUCAGAAACCGAGCGACAAAAAAGUCAUAAUCUGCGACGAGAAGCUGAAGAACAUAUUCGGAGGGAAAGAUGAAGUUGGGUUUCUGGAGAUUGCAGGAUUGAUAAGUCCCCACUUUCUAAAAUGAUUGGAAGUACGGAAAAUAGGGAUCUGGGGACCUUCAGUUGACCUUCAGUUGAGUCCAUGAAGAUGAACUUUGUGUGUGUUGUUUUGUUGUGGAAGUCUCCAAAUCCGGUUGAUGCGGAUGCUUUUAGGUAUUAUUCCUCACUGAAUCCUGGCGUUCAGAGCCCUUUUGUUUGUAGUAGUGGAUACAGAGGAAAGCUUUUGUAAGAACUUUGGUUGGAGAUUUGUGUAGGGAUUAUUAUAUUCAAAUCUUUGUUGCUCAUUAGUUUGGGAAAUCUUUCACUUUUUAAUA